CGGAGCCCCUAAAACCGACGUACAUGCCGGUGUUCCUGACGAAGAAGGAGCGCAAGAAGCUCCGGCGCCAGAGCAGGCGCGAAGCCUGGAAGGAGGAGCAGGAGAAGGUGCGCCUCGGCCUAGAGGCGCCGCCCGAACCCAAGCUCAGGAUAUCGAAUCUGAUGCGAGCCCUGGGAACGGAAGCUGUCCAGGACCCCACAGCCAUCGAAGCGAAGGUUCGCGAGCAGAUCGCCAAGCGGCAGAAGACACAUCUCGAGGCGAACAAGGCGAGGGCGCUCACCAAGGAGCAGAAGCGAGAGAAGGUCGAUAGAAAAAUCAGAGAAGACACGACGAUGGGUGUCCAUGUAGCAGUUUAUAGAGUGAAGGACCUGUUCGAGAGCGCGUCGGCCAAGUUCAAGGUGGAGGCGAACGCGCAGCAGCUGCACAUGACGGGCACCGUGCUGCUGCACCGCGGCUGCUGCGUGCUCGUGCUGGAGGGCGGCCCGCGCCAGCACGCCAAGUACAAGCGGCUGAUGCUGCACCGCAUCAAGUGGGAGGAGGAGACCGUGAAGGACGCGUCGGGCCGCGCCGGACCCAACUCCUGCGCGCUCGUGUGGGAGGGCCGCGCGCCCGCCAGGGCCUUCGGGGACCUCAAGUUCAAGGUAGCCCCCACGGAGAAGGCGGCCCGCGAGCACUUCUCCCGCCACCGCGUGGAGCAGUACUGGGACCUCGCCUACAGCGGCGCAGUCCUCGCCAGCAGCGAGCCCUAGCCCACGAGCCCACUGCUGGGAUAAUAUAUAUAUAUUUGGCCAA